GAGUAUCUCGCUCGCACUUAUACCUCCAAAUGUGACCAUAUGCGAGCCUAUAUAAAGCCAAGCACUCACAGCUCAGCUGAAUCAUUCAAAGCUGUGACUUCAAAGCGCACACACAUCGUUCCCGUGACUAGAUAGAUUUCUUCUUCUUCAUCAUCAUCAACAUUAUUUUGUGGAUUACGCGACUUUUUUGAGAAAAAUGGUGCUGGAAAUGGAAAUGUCAAAAACUUAUCAAUAUCGCAAGGUGAUGAAACCCAUGCUGGAACGGAAACGUCGGGCACGUAUCAACAAGUGUUUGGAUGAGCUUAAAGAUAUAAUGGUCGAGUGCUUGACGCAAGAGGGCGAGCAUAUCACACGGUUGGAGAAAGCUGACAUUUUGGAAUUGACAGUGGAGCAUAUGAAAAAAUUGCGAGCCCAAAAGCAAUUGAAAUUGGGAUCGGUCACUGCUGCUCCUAGUGGAUCAUCAUCGCCAUCAUCAGCAUGUGACUCCAAGCUUAGCAUUGCGGAAAGUUUUCGUGCCGGCUAUGUGCAUGCCGCCAAUGAAGUAUCCAAGACUUUGGCUGCUGUACCCAAUGUCAGUGUCGAUUUGGGCACACAACUGAUGAGCCAUCUGGGACAUCGUCUCAAUUAUUUGCAAGUUGUGGUACCCACAAUGCCCCAACCACCAGUCCAAGAUGCUCCCGUAUCAUUGGUGACUGUGGUCACCCCACCACCAUCGGAAUGCGGCAGUUUGGAUUCAUCGUCCAGUGUCAGUUGCAGUCCCAGUCCAGCUCCAAGUGAUGGACCCAUGUGGCGUCCCUGGUGAGCAGCAAAAAUCUGAUGCCUGGCCUUGAAAAUUAAAAAAAAAAGGCCUAUAGAGACAAUCUUUCCGCCACCCUCCCCUCCCCUCAUGCAGAGGAGAAGAACAGGAUCAGGAUUAUGCGCUGCCUCUUGGCAAGCGCCCUCAGAUCUUGGAGUUGGGACAGAAAUAAAUCUUCAAAGAGCCUACACUACUUGGCUAACGGAGUAAAUGUCCCCAGCAAAACAUUUCUAUGAAUUUUUUUGAAUGAAA